GACAAUAUUUAUGAAGUUGACAGUUGACUUUUUGUUAUUGAUUGAAAAAACAUACAAAAACAAACAAAUUUUUUUAUAAAAAAAUGUAAGAAAAACGUUUUAAAUAAUGUUUUGGAAGUUUUUAUUACUAUUUCAUCCAAUAUGUUUGCACGCUUUCGAACUAUGCGACAGGCUCGAGAAAAAUCCGGUCGAAAACGUUACUUAUCGAGUAACGGUUAGUAAUUCCUCGGAAAUAUGUGAAGAUUUAGAUUAUACGGUGGGUGAAAGUUUGAUUCAUAACAUUGGAGAUGUUUAUCUGUAUUUGAAAUCUGAACCACCCUUUAUGGAAUUGUCUGUAACCUUUAAUUUUGUAAAGCACUGGACAAAAGCCCUAAUAAAAAUUUCCGAUUAUGAUCAAAAAGCAUGUCAGGCUUUUACAGUCGAUAGGGAUCAAUAUAGUAUGGAUAAUUUACAAUUUGGAUGCAUUUUGAAUGAAGCAGUUGUUGAUCAUAAAAAUGCUAUUUUGCUGCAAGUGUACUCGGAUAGUGACAGUCAAUUUUCACAGAAGAAGAUUUUAUUCAGCUUGCCUAACUAUUUUGAGUUCAAAGAUGAAGAGUUACCAAUAUUGACGACGAAUUUUUUCCAUGGACUGUCCAAUUUAUAUGGCGUAUUUAUUAGAAGAACUAACUUAAGAUUGGUGGAAGACAACGCAUUUAGAAACCUACCCAGGCUGAGAUUGAUCAAUUUAAACUUCAACCACAUCGAUAGAAUUUCCGAUAAAACUUUCAACAACCCCAAAUUAACUAAUAUAGCUUUGAAAGCUAACGGAAUAAAAAGUAUAAGUUCGAAAGCCUUUAACAACCUUCCGAAUCUGCGUUACUUAGAUUUAUCCUCUAACAACAUCCAAGACAUACCGAAAGAUGCUUUCAAACACUGGGACGAGGUAUUUUCUGUCUAUAGACAGACAGGGAGUUUUAAUCUAAAUCCUACUGUUAGGGGUUUCAAAGCAGCUUUUAAGCUAAAUAUCGUUCAUAAUUUCAUGAGGCCUCCACUUAAAGCAAAUUCGGAAACGAAUCAGGACGAAGACCAAAAUCUCCUGGGGUAUGGGAACGUUUCUUUUUCUACACCGAGACCCAUAUUUUCGUACAUAGACUUCACGAAUCCCGCCAAAAUUGUUUUAAAAAUCCAACCGUUAAACGAGAUAUUCAAAGUGUAUCUCUACAAAGUCGAAGUGUUUAAAAAAAAAUUACGCGGCGUCGUUUUACCGGAAUUUCCCAUCUUUUCUACCUUCCUUUACGACGAGAUGUUGAGUUUUACUUACGAUACUCAAAACGAAGAAGGUUAUUAUUACUUCGCCAUAUCGGAAAUUGGUCAAUAUUGCCCGGAGGAUGCGUGCCUCAAGACUUUUACUCCGAAAGUGCUUAUCACUAACCUCAAGGGGGUACAAAAAUGUGUCGUGCUAACCAAAAAGUCUUUCUACCAGCACAAUGACGUAGUUUUCGCUCUAGUCCAGGCCAUAUUGAAUGUGGUAACGCCGCGUGUGCUAACGGUCAACAUAGUGAACCUGCCGAACGAAAAGCAGAGGGAAGCGUUCGAGAAAUUUUGCUCCAACACCGAGAGCUUCACGUUGUUCAUCUACGUGAAUCCCCCGUCUUCGGAUUUCGAUUGUUGUUCUUUGGAUUUCCUAAACGAGGAAAUAAAGAAACUGGCUGAUUUGGAUAAUUUCGCUGUCGUCCAAUUGCCGUAUUCCAAAUCAGAAAUACCGGAAAUACUGUCGAAUUGUAAACGUUUCGAGCUGAUGAAGGAUUACAAACUCUUUAUGAGUGUAUUUUCGAACAUCUGCACGGAUCAUUUCAAGAUGGCUGAGCACAAGAACCUAACUAAGUUGGUCGAGCUGGCCGCGACCGAGAACGAGGCUUUGUUGGGAAGGGUGCCGGAAAUUGUGGUGACUGAUGAUGUAAAAUCCGUAACUGGAAAUGUAAUAAAUAAGAAUCUCUGA